AUGACAUGUUUGAGUGAAGUGAAUGGGAAGGUGGUGAAGAUGAACAAGAGGCUUGGGAAGAUUGAACGUUGCCAAGUUGUUUUAAAAAAGAGGUGUAAGAGGAUGAAGGCAAUGGAGAAGAAGCUUGAGAAGAUUGAAGAUUACCAAUAUUAUUUAAAAAAGAAGGCCAAGAAGGUGGAGACAUUGGACGGGAGGAUUGAUGGCAUUGAGAAAAAAAUGAAGGAAAUGAAAGAGAAUGAGGAGGAUAAGGAGAACAAUGAGGGUUUCGACUACCAAGGCAUGGAUUAUGAUUGGGGUGGACAGCGGAAUGACAACAAUAGAGUGGACGCAACAACCAAAAAAACAGAAGAUGCAGAUAUGGUUGAAAAUACAGAGGUGGUAGAAGAGAAAGAGAGUGAAGAAGAGGCUCAGAAGGACGAUAGAGGUUCUGAGGAAGAGACAAAACCUGAACAUGAAUCAGAAGUUGAAGAAGACAAAGAAAAAGAGGAUGAGGAAGAGAGUGAAGAAGAGGCUCAGAAGGACGAUAGAGGUUCUGAGGAAGAGAACGAACCUGAACCUGAAGCAGAAGCUGAAGAAGACAAUGAAAAAGAGGAUGAAGAGGUUGAGAAUGAAAAACACCUGAGAAAGAACCUGAUGAGGUUCAAGAUGAGGUUGAGAUGA